AUGCUUGCAAAAUUAUGCCUAAUCACCUUUAUUAUCUCACUGGUCAGCGGCGCCGAUGUCUUAAAUGGCACCAUGAAGUUAAUGCUGGUCCAAUCAGUGUGGAGGCAUGGCGAUCGAGUGCCAACGGAAACCUAUAAAAAUGAUCGAUUUACUGAAGAAUAUUGGUAUUACGGUGGUGGUGGCUGGGGACAAUUAACGCCGAUUGGAAUGAAGCAACUAUACAAUUUUGGCACAAAAUUGAGGAAGCGUUACAUUGCCGGAAAACCGUAUCGGUUUUUGUCGGACACGUACAAUCAGAAGGAGGUGUACAUUCGAUCGUCGGACAAAAAUCGAACGCUGAUGUCGGCGUUCUCGAAUAUGAUGGGAAUGUAUGGAGGAUAUCAGCAGAAUUACAAUCGAGCAGGUUUCAAAAUUUAUAGCAUUGAUUAUCCGGACCUUCCCGGCUGGCCUCAAGGCUUCGUGCCAAUUCCAAUCCACACAAUCGAGGAAGAUUUCGAUCAUUUGCUAAUCGUCGACAACUAUUGCCCACUUCACGACACGAUUUGGAAUCUCGCCAAGACCACCGACCAGGUCGACGGCUACUUCAAUCGGCCCGACGUUGUGGCGCUGAUGGGCAACCUCAGCCAAUUCGCCGGCGAGGACAUCAAUCCGGAGAAUCUGUGGAUUCUGUACAGCGCGCUCAAAAUCGAGAAGUUCCACUAUCCGGAAGUGUUUCUGAAUUUCACACCGUGGUACACGGAUGAGCUCUACGAGCAAAUCGACAUCGUCAAUUCGCAGGUUCAAGAUUUUCAAGAUGGAUUAGGAUUGGAUAACGUAAUGGUGAAGGGGCUUGACAUGGGAAAAAUGUUGAAGAAAAUUCGCGGCGGGACCCUAUUGAAUGACAUUUACAAUCGAAUGGUCCGCAAAAUCGACUGCUCCGGAAAUACAACGAAGCCUUGUAGAUAUACGGAGAAUUUGAAGUUUUUCGGAUACUCUGCUCAUGAUACCACAAUUUAUGCCCUACUCUCGGCGUUUAAUAUAUCGAAUGCUGUCGUUUUGCCAAGAGGCUAUCCGGACUACUCGGCCAGUGCUAUAAUGGAACUUUGGCAAGACACUACUAACAGCAAAAAUUAUUUCAAGUUGAUUUAUUAUCGAAACGAAAAUGACACGCUCAAUAAUGUAAUUACUUCACUAAUCUCCGGCUGCUCAUCCGACUUAUGUGACCUAUCAGUGCUCGAAACAUUUGCCGAAACCUACAAACCCGACAUGGAAAUGAAUCAGUGGUGCGACUACGAUAUUCUCAAGAAAUCGGCGCCCUCAUUGCACAAUAUUGCCAUCCUGCUCAUAAUAUUUUCGAUCUGCGGACAUUUACAAGAAAACCAAGCCGUCUCAUUUUUCGCUUUAAGGCGUCUUCAAACGGGAAUUAUGCUUAUUGUUUUAUCCAUCAUAUCUCUCCUUGUUCCAAUUAGCUGCUUCAAAAAUGGCACGAUGGAAUUGAUAAUGGUUCAAACGAUGUGGCGACACGGCGAUCGGUCUCCAGCCGAUUUGUACAACAAUGAUCCGAUCACCGAAUCGAUGUGGACGUUCGGCGGCGGCGGUCUCGGACAGCUCUCGCCAUUGGGAAUGAAGCAGCACUUGAAUUUGGGAAAGCUUUUAAGACAACGAUAUGUCAAUGAUAUGCAGUUUUUGUCGCCAAAAUAUCGGUCAAACGAGAUUUAUGUGCGAUCAACAGACGUUAAUAGAACUUUAAUCUCGGCAAUGUCAAAUAUGAUGGGAAUGUAUGGUCAGGAUGACAACACAACACAAGGAAAUGAAGAUUAUCCGCUAACUCCUGGCUGGCCACAUGGAUAUGUACCGAUUGCGAUUCACACCGUUGAUAAUCCAACCGAUCAUCUCGGCUACGUCGACGGCUUCUGCCCACUUCGCGAUGAGGUAUGGGACUUAUGCAAACAGUCCGACGAGCUUCAGAAUUUUAUCAACAGCGAGGAGGUGUCGAGGACCCUCAAAGAGCUGUCAACGAAUACCAACAGCACAAUCGACAUCGACAAUUUAUAUAUUAUCACUCAGACGCAAUUAAUUGAGCAAAUCUAUUUUAAUCAAACGCUUCGCGAGAAACUUUCAUGGUUUUCUGAUGAACUCUACCAACGAUCCGAUAGAAUCAAUGAUCAGGUCCAAUUGUACAACAACGGAAUUUUCAAUAAUUCGAUAAUUGUAAACGGGCAUGACCUUGGAUUAUUGUUAAGGAAGCUUCGAGGUGGUCCAAUUCUCACAAAUAUGAUGGACCAUUUUAAUCUAAAGCUGGAAUGCAUGGGAAAAAACACCGAUGAUUGUAAAUGGAUCAAUAACCUCAAAAACUUUAUUUAUUCAAUGCACGACACCACUCUCUACGCCUUCUUCUCAGCGCUUCUCGUCGAGGAAUACGCCAUCAAGCCGGCCGGACACUAUCCAGCCUAUUCAGCAUGUGUGCUCGUCGAGUUAUACAACGAUACUAAAGACAACAAGAAAUAUUUCAAGAUGCUCUACCACAAACAAGAGGGAGAUUUGUUUAAUCCAAUCACCAAUGGAAUCGACGGAUGCCCACAGGACUCGGAUUAUUGUCCGUUUGAGAUCCUUCAAAAAUACGCAAAGGACACAAAACCAGACAUGCCGAUGGAUCAGUGGUGCUUCACAAAACUCGACAAGUCGUCACUUCAACAUUUCUCAAUUUACGUCUUCCUAGUGGCCUUGCUCAAAAUGCUCUUCUAG